AUGCCAACAUCCCCCUCUCCAUGGAAUGGGAACCGCCGAUCCCCCCCUCCCAUCAAGAGCCCGCGGGAUCGGCAUGCAAACUCCCCUCCUCACGUCGACGGCGGCAAGCGGACAAUCGAACGCGCGAUCAGCGGCUCCCACGUUGCGGAUGUCAACCUCACCUUCACCAUCGACGGCGCCCCUCGGGCAGUCGCAUGUGUGAACGACCGAAUCGUCUGGACGGCCGACACGGAUGGCGGGCUUCGGGUGCGGUCGUUCCCGAAAGGGACGGUCCUCAAAGACGUCGCAGGGCGUGUCGGCAGCUCCUGUAGCGCCCUCCUCUACGUGGCGCUCCAGCACCAAAUGUGGGCCGCCUUCGAGGAUGGCACGGCGCGCAUCUACGACAUCCCAACCUGCGCCCUCGUCAACGAGUUUAUGGUGAACCCAAAGUCCAGACUUGGUAAGGAAAAUAAAAUCCAUGUCUUGGUGGAACUUGAGGGGUGUGUUUUCAUGGGGUGCGAGGAUGGCUGCAUUGUCCAGCGUAAUGCCCUGGACUCGCGGCUGGAGCGCCUCCUAAGAGGUCACCGAGGCGGUGUGCAGGCGCUGGCGGUUUACGUGGGACCCACCGGAUCCGUCGUCUUCUCUGGCUGCAGCGAUGGCUCGGUGAAAGGCUGGGAUCCGUACAAAAAUGAGGACGGUGUGGACCGCGACGCCACGGCUGACGCUGCGUGCAUCCAUACCUUCCGAAAAGGGGGCGCGCGGCCCUCUUCUCCAGCGCUUUCUGGCGCAAUCCGUGCCCUGGAAGUAGUGCCGCAUACGAAUCGAAUCUGGUCCGGCGGGGAUGACCACACAGUGCGCGUGUGGAACCUCGAGACGCUGAGAUGCGAGGCCGUCCUUCAGGACGCGCACGCCGCCCCGGUGACCUGUCUUUUGGCGCUGGCGUCUCGUAUGUGGACCGGCGACGCACAGGGGUGUCUCCUGCUGUGGGAUAUGGCCUCCCUCACUGUCCUGCAAGAUCUCUCGAGCCGCGAGCAGCUCGACACUGGGGGUCUAUGGUUCAUCAAGAAGAUGCAGCCCUCGAUGUCGUGGAAGGUGUGGACGGCCGGCAAGAAGGGGGGGGUGCAGUGUUGGAAUGCGGAGGCGUCACCGAUCCUGUUUCACGGGUCUCAUGUGACCCAGGCGGGGCAAGCGCGGUCGACAGGUGAGUAUGGAGGCAGCAGGAGCCCAAGCAAGGCCGAAACGUGGGCGUUGCUCGCACAAGAUGACACCGAUAAUAUGCCUUGUGAGUCUGUUGACAUUGCUCAGCUUGGCUUCAAUUUAGCAUGCGAGAGGGGCCGCCUCAGGUUACAACAUGAACUUCAGGUUCAUCAACUUUUUGAGGAAGAAAACGCGUUUUUGAAGAAACGAGUCCAGGAAUUGGAAGCUGAACGUGCUGCGUCUUUGUCAUCACAGGAAGCACAACGACGCCAACCCUCAAAGAGCACUCUUCGCUCCUCCGAGGGCGACAUCGUUUCGAUCCUGCGCCAUGAGCGAGAAAUCAUCGAGAAGGAACUUGAGCUUUUGCGGGACGAGAAUUACGCCCUGCUGCGACUUCUCGAGCAACACACGGAGCGUAGGGAAGAGGGAAAGUAUACACAGAAGGGUGCUUCCCAGGUAGUAAUGGAGCAUCGGGUGAGAUCUGAGCUCAGACAGGGUGAUGCUCCACGAGGCAGCCCGGCGCUGUCUACGUCGGUAUCAUCGUCACCUUCCGCACGGCGGCAUGGGAGCAGCGAGAAUGUUAGCACGUUGCGAAGCGCAGGCCGUAGUGUUCGACAAGCGGCCCGUGAUCCAGAAGAUCACGGAAGCAGGUUUGCUAAAGAGAAAAAGGAUCCACUGCAUCAGUCUUCUCAGACUGAGUUUCGCGAUGAAGAUUUGCAAGCGCACGUUGACGACGACCUGUCGAUGCUGAAAGAUCAGUGCGACGGGUACCAAGCACAGAUUAGGCGUCUAAUUCAAGAAAAGGAAGAAUUGCAGCGCGCACUGACUGACGCUGAACAAAAGAAGAUGCAUAACGUAAAGCAGAACGAUGAAGCCCAGCACAUGAGGAACGUCGUGAGCUCUGCACAGAAGGACAAUUCAACGACUCUCGUGCCCACUGAAGUUGCAUCCCUGCGUGAAGAGCUGGGCAAGGUAAGGCUGAUCUGCGCUAAUAAGACCGCAGCUCUGUUUAAGCUACAGAAAGAAAUUGGUGUGUUGAAGCGUGCAGGGGGGACACCUCGUGGUCGUGAUGUGGCUUCUCAAUCGACAACUCCCUCUCUGGAUUCCCACGCAGAUGCCAGCCAUGGAGAGCCCAAGUCGACGCCGUCCCCAGCACCGAAAAUUGGACACGCGGCGCGAUCUUUCGCAACUACUACCACCACCGCCACUGUAAGCGAAGAAAACAAAUUCCUACAGACUUCACAAGAUAAGCAUCGCGCCCCUGCCCCUCCGGUUGAAGCCAAUCUCAGUCCGGAGGCUCAGAACCUAGCCUUGUCAGUGCGCCUCACAGACGCAGAGUCUGUUAUCACAGAGUUAGAGGCGCUGCUAAAUCGAUGCGUAAAUCAGCUAGCUGAAGAACGGGAAGCGAGGCAUCGUUUGGAGCAAAGAAUUAGUGGACUCGAGGCCACGAGCACAUGA